AUGGUUCGUCGAUGUUGUGUAACAAAUUGCAAUGGUAAUUAUAAUCCUCAGAAUAGAGUUAAAGCAUUUCGACUUCCAAGAAACAUUGAAGAGCGAAAACGUUGGAUUGCUAUAAUACCAAGAGAUAAUAUUCCUGAUACUAAUAACACCGUAGUAUGUGAAAGACAUUGGCCAAAAGGUUAUUUAAAUGUUAGUGAUUAUGGGAAGCUAAGACCUCGUGAUGCUCCAUUAGUAUUUAGCUGCAUAAAGCCAAGUUUAGUCCCAACUGUAUCCGUGCCACUUAGAAAAACAUCAAAAAGUCAAUAG